GAGUUAGAUAAAGAGCCAUCGAGUUAGGUAGUCUGCCUGUAUAUAAACCCACUGCAGCAGCUCAUGUUGUGUGUACGCUCAGUAGGUGCAGAACACAAUCAUGAAGUACUUCAUUCUUCUGGCCUUGUUCGCUGCAGCCUUUGCUGCUCCCAUUGAGGAUGAGGAUGACAAGAUUGUUGGAGGCUACGAGUGCAGUAAGAACUCUGUGCCCUACCAGGUCUCUCUGAACGCUGGUUACCACUUCUGUGGAGGCUCCCUGAUCUCCAGCACCUGGGUUGUGUCUGCUGCUCACUGCUACAAGUCCCGCAUCCAGGUGCGUCUUGGUGAGCACAACAUCGCUGUCAGUGAGGGCACAGAGCAGUUCAUCGACUCUGCUAAGGUCAUCCGUCACCCCAGCUACAACAGCGGCAACCUCAACAAUGACAUCAUGCUGAUCAAGCUGAGCAAGCCCGCCUCCCUGAACAGCUACGUUCGCAUCGUGUCACUGCCAUCCAGCUGUGCCAGCUCUGGCACCCGCUGUCUGAUCUCUGGAUGGGGAAACACCAGCAGCUCUGGAAGCUACUACCCUGAUCGUCUGAGGUGCCUGGAUGCCCCUAUCCUGAGCGACAGCAGCUGCAGGUCCUCCUACCCUGGACAGAUCACCUCCAACAUGUUCUGUGCUGGAUUCCUCGAGGGAGGCAAGGACUCCUGCCAGGGAGACUCUGGAGGCCCCGUGGUGUGCAACGGUCAGCUGCAGGGUGUGGUGUCCUGGGGUUAUGGCUGCGCCCAGAGGAACAAGCCCGGAGUCUACACCAAGGUCUGCAACUACAACUCCUGGAUUCGUAACACCAUGUCCUCCAACUAAAGUCACUUUACUGGAAGGAAUAUUCAUCUAAGGAAUCUCUAACUAUGACAACUGUUUCAAUAAAAUAAAUAAUUAACAUCAA